GCUUCUUCAUUAAGACCAAACACAAUCUCUCUCUAGAAAAUAUCUGAGAAACAAAAAUGCCGAGUCGCUGCGAGAUCUUUUGCGAGAUUCUGAUCGCAAUUUUGCUCCCUCCGCUGGGCGUUUGUCUCCGGCACGGCUGCUGCACCGUGGAGUUCUGCAUAUGCUUGCUGCUGACGCUGCUGGGGUACAUUCCGGGAAUCAUCUACGCCCUCUACGCCAUCGUCUUCAUCAAUCGCGACGAGUACUUCGAUGAGUACCGGCGCCCCCUCUACGCCUCCUCCUCGGAUUAACGUGGUUCUUCAUUUUUUUUUUGUUGGGUUCAGAACAAAAUGGGAUCUUGGAUCUUUUGUUUGCCUGUUAUGUUGAUAUUUUAUGUUUGUAAUAAAUUGAAUGAUUUCUCCAUGGUCGAGAUCUGAAUUGUAUACUGCAUGUGUUAGACUGA